AUGCAAAAUAUUGAUAUUUAAAGCACUAAGAAUACAAAAUUAGAUAUCAAUGAUCUUAGUGCUUUUCAUUCCUCAACUAAAAAGACUUGCAUACAUGAAUUGUCAUUGCCUAAAAUUAAUAUAAUUGUUCAUUCAUUUGAACCCAAGUUGCAGAAUCUGAUUAAAGCUGAUGGAGAUUAAACUGAUAUUAAUCCUGAAACAGAAAGAAUUUAUAAGUAAGCUAAAAGAUAAGAUAUGUUCAAAAAUUCAAUUCUCAAAGGUUAGAAAAUUCACAAAAUUUCAUUUCGAGAUCAAAUCGCUGGAUAAUCUCUUUAACAAAUUAAGUACUUUUAUAAAGAACCCUAGGAAGAUAUUGAUGAAUGUUGUCCUUGCAAUAGUUUUUGA